GUUCGCUUUGAAUGCCAAAGAAUUGAUGAAGACCUUAUCACCAGGUUUCAAAAAGUCAUUGGGAAAAGGCCACAUCACCUUCUAAGGCGAAAACUUUUCAUCUCUCACCGGUAACUCUGUUUAUAAGUACCGGGUACCACUACAAAUAUUUUUCAUAGACAAAUGCAUUUGAACAUUUACGUAGAGUGUGAAUUUUUGUUAUAAUUAAAAGCUUAUCUGAUGUUACAAGGAUAAUUAUUAACGGAAUCAAGAUUAGACGUAUAUGUGCUUCAUGGUAAGCAUACGCACUCCCCCAACCCACCAUGUACUCACCACCUUUUCUUUCUUAGAUCGCUACUGUUCCGUAACGUUAUAAGAUUGUUUAAAAUGAAUCUUAUUUAGGAUUUGUCUAGUUAGGAGAACAAUAUGUAAAAAAAGGACCUGAAAGCAUUGUUCUAAGAAAACUUUAACAAAGCCAGUGAAGUUUACAAGAAUUGUUUCAUAUACAAUAACAAUUCUGAUUUUAUAGCUUCAAAUUAAUUAUAAAAUGUAUAUCAACAGCAUUUGAAAAUGUCUUGUAAUAAAAGGUUGAUGUAGAAAUCCACACACUCAGUGAAAAUAUUAAAACAUAAAAGUAAUAUAAAUGGUGAAAAUAUAAUGUCCCCGGAUCACCAAACCUGUAUUCAGUGCUAUAUAUUCAAAGCCCGCCCUCAGCAAAAAUUGCACAAUAGGAUCCACAUUAAAAAUGUCCAAAACUGAAGGUUCUUAAUAUAUUUCUGCCAUAAUAUGAAAUAAUGGCGAUGAAUUUAACACAAUUUUAUGAAAUUUUAUUUAUUAACGUUUGUUUAUUAGUUUUUUGUAUGCUUUCAUUACUAUUUAAAAUAUCUCGUGAACUAGGUACUUUAGUAAGUUGGAUUAGUGACUAGAGUCUUGAACAUUCUGCCUUACCCUCUCAAUCUUAUGUUUUCGGGUAACUAUAUUCAUGCAUGAAAAAAGUUGAGAUGUACUUGAAAUAAAAAUGUCAUUAACUGUUUUAUAAAAUAAUAUGAUAUUGAAUUUCAGAGAAAUGGAUAAUAUACUGGACCUACAUGAGAAGAAGCAACCAUUUUAUUUGUACACUGGAAUAAGUCCAUCUUCAAAAGCAAUGCACAUUGGAUAUCUGGUUGUCUUUUCAUUUACUAAGUAA